AACGCAAAUUUGCCUAUUGUAUUUCGCCAGACAUUGCUCUUUAUGCACGUCCAAGUCCAGUUUUCAGUUGUCCGUUUGUUUCGUUUCACAUUUAGCGAAAUUGUGUUAAUUAUAUAAAGUUAUUGUUUAAUUUUUUAAUUGUACCAAAAUGAGUGCAUCUGAGUCGGGUUCAGAGACCGAAACCUCGAUGGAGGAGAAGCCAGAGUCCGAAACGGAGCAAGGCAGCGAGGAGGAAGAAGAGGAGGAGGAAGAUGACCAUCCUGUUAAUGCUGAACAACCCAAAGGCACCGUGCAAUCCGAAGAAGAAGAGACUGCCGAAGAGGAGGAGGAGGAAGAAGAAGAAGAUGAUGAAGAAGACACCGAGCCCGAGAAACAGGAAGUUCGACCUGCACGGCUGAAACCAGCCGUCCAGGCCAUGCUGAAGUCAGGACCGGCUGUUCAGAAAAAGCCACCCAUGGGACCAACGGCUCAAGCGGCCCAGGCGGCAACAGCGCACAAGAGUAAUCAUCCACCAUAUAUGAUAAUGGUCCUCGAUGCCAUGCAGGAUCUUGUAACGGAUGAACGUCGAAUCUCCGGCGUCACGUUCGCAAAAAUCAACAAGUUUGUAGCCGCGAAAACCGAGCAAUCAGAAGCGCACGUUAAGCUGUUUUGUUGGAAAGCAAUCGAAAAGCACAUCAAGGACGAGAUCCUUAUGAAAAAGACCGGCGUUGGUAUGAAUGGUUCCGUCGGAUACUCGGCCAAGUACCGAGAGAAGCUCAAGAAAGCCGCCAAUCCUAAGCCGCCGAAGGUCGCAAAACCUAAAGCGAAGCCAGCGCCCAAAAAGAAGCCGGAAAAGGCAGCCCCAGCGGCCAAAGCUGAACCCAAAAAGAAGCCCGUCGCAAAGGCCAAGCCCGCCAAUAAGGACUCGAACAACAAUUUAAAAACCGCCAAACCAACCAAGAAAAUGGCCACGGCAGCAGCCGGCACGAAAAAGGCCGUCGUUUCCAAAACGACCGGAAAGGUUCGACUCUCGGUCGGAGGUCCGACGGUGGCCAAGCCGAAAAAGCCGGUUGCGAAAGCCAAACCAGCAGCGGGCGCAAAGAAGGAGACCGCUGCGAAGAAACCUGCAGCCGGGGUCAAGACAAAGGCACCAGCGCCGGCGCCGGAAGUGGCUGGGGCCUCCAAGAAGGCCAAAAAGUUAAAGUUCUGAGAGGGGAUGUUGAUGUUAUGCGAUGUAAUUUAAUUGACCAUUGAUGUUAUGCGUGUUGAAAGUAAGAUAUGAUUUUCUAAUAAAUUUAUCACAUAGGGGAAAUAUGCCCAUUUUAA